GAGUGGGCUAUUUUUACAAAUUUUUACUACCAUGAUAUCAGUGAAAGAAUAUUUUUCCCAAUUUCGCNAGAAUUCAGUACAAAUAAAUAUAGUGCUGAAGAAUCUCCAACUUUAAAUAUCCCCCUUUUAAAAUCAGCCAGUGACGUAUCAGCAUCAGAAACUUCAGAUGAUGAAAAAUGCACAAACGUAAAAUUUAAAGUACCUACUUUAUUGCCAGCAAAUCAGGGGCAAAUGCGUGUGAUUCAAGCUUGGCCAGAGAAUGGGAAUGAUAUCAAGUUUAAGACAAGGCAGAAGAAAAAAAUGGUUGAACGCCUUGCCCCCAUCAAUCUGUUAAUAGAUGAAGAAUAUGUAUUACGAAAAAAGGAAUCAAAAAAAUUUGACAGGGUUAUAAUUGAAGAUUUAUCAACAGAAGAAUUUGAGACAGUUACACAUCUAAAACCAUGUCACAUCGAAAUUGCUAAUAAUGAACAAAAAACUGAGUAUCAGCAAAAGAUUAACACAUUUAAUGCUAAUACAGAAAAUCUAAACAAACAAGUGAAAUUUUUCUCCGUACAAAAUGAGCCUCAACGAUUCGAUGACUUAAUAAUUGAAGACUUGGCAACAGAAACAUUUGAUAUCACAUCUGUAGGACUUAAACCGCGCUGUUUUGAAAUACAUAAGAAUACCCAGGACCAUGAUUACAGAAAACGUGAUGUAAGAGUUCAUGCACAAGAAACAGACCACCCAUUAAAAAGUGAAAAUGGCUAUUCUUCAUCUCUGCUACAGGAUGAUGGUAUCGUGUGGGUAAAACCACUGCAUUCCCCCAAUGCUGAUAAUCAUAGCAUUGAUAACAGAAUUGAAAAGAAAGCUUUUCUACCAAUGCAUAGAAGUCAGAAAUAUAAAAGUACAGAUACGAAAUGCUCAUUGUUGACUAAAGAAUUGAGACCGUGUGAAGAUGUAAGGUUGGAUAACGUUACAAGAGCCGACAAAGAUAAUGCAAUAAUUAAUGCAUUUGGAUCUAUGAUGGAUUUGUGUAAUGAUAAUCUUAAAGACAGCAUUACUAGACACUUGGAAUUGAAUUUGCCAAUCACAUCACCACAAAAGAUUAACAGGACUUCUGGCCUUAUAAAUCUUAACAACGAAAUUAACUUGUCCUCAAGUUUUUCUAAACAAUCGCCCUCUUCCAAAAUAUCUCUAAUUCCGACUAAAAAAUGCACGAAUGCAAGCUCUUUAAGAAAGAUAACAUAUUCUACACGCAGUUUGUCAAGUAAGGGAAUAUAUUCUUCUUACAGCCCAAUCAAGUUGAUGCUAAGAAAAAAUUUAUACACGAGUAAAUGCAAAUCUUGUCCAGAUAUUUACAGACGGUUCAAAAGCAAUUUGAGGAAACAUAAAGUCAAAUUUAUUGCGAAUAAGAAAUCUUUUGGUAAAAUAUAUCCAGAAUCAAACAAACAACUAAACUCCAUGAAGUACAACGAAUACCUACAUGAGCUAAGGAAAUGUAACCAAGUAAAAUAUUCAGCUCAUAGUGAAAGUAGAGAUGAAGAUCUUACAAUUAUGACGGAAUACGCUAGGAACAAAAAACACAAACCUAAAAACGGUGCAGAUAACUUUUCUGCCUCAGAUGGCAACAUGAUGAACAACAUCAACAAUGAUGAAAUUAUAUCAUUGGAGCUACAUUCAUUAACUGAAAUGCUGCCACUCACACAAAACAUAAACGUUGAGUCCGUGUCUGGAGAAAAUGGAAAUGACAGGGAAAGACGCACAGAAGUGACAAACUUAAAGGAAACAUCAAAAAUGACUCCUGCUGUAAAGAAUUUCUAAAAUGUAUAAAUGUAUUAUCACAUAAUAAAAAAUAAAUGACUUGAA